GAUAGCAGCGAUGUAGAAAGGCUGAUCCCUUGGGUAUUCAAGCAUCAUGAUAUCGCAAAAGCUAACUGCACUCGCUUUUGGCCGAAAGAAGAGUCGGACUUCAAGGACUUUUUCUAUCACUUUUCCUGUUACCGUGCUGAAUUGGACGAACUCGACCCAGUGCAGAUUCCAUUGUUUUUGAAACCGGACGAGAAAGUCACACUACCGAGGCAAAACUGGGAAACCCCUGGGAGAGCACCGCAGUUUCUCCAAUCUCAGGGUAUGAUGUUGAAGAUUUUGAUGCAGACUAUUUAUGAUAAUCUCGAAGACCUUACGGAGAAUCGCCCUGAACUCCACUUUCCUGUAUCCGGUCUAAAGAAAAGGUAUGUGAUUGGCGGUAAACGAUAUGCUUCGAGACCCGAGGGUGCAGUUGUAGUCAAGUCACAAGGACGGUCUGUACCGAUAAUCUCUUAUGUUGGUUGGCUUGAAGGGCAGACCUCCCAUGACUUUCUAGCCGAAAAUUUGAGUAUCAUGCUGGGACAGCUUGCUGCAAAUAUCAGCAUAAACCACCAAGACCAAGAAGUAUUCACUCUAGGUCUCUAUGGGUCUUGUAUCUAUAUACCACGUGGGCUGUUUACGACCACUCAGAUGAGGCAGGUACAUUCAAAAGGUUGUUCAGAGAACGAGACGUUCCACCUGAGAUUCUCGAGAGGCUAUAAUUUGUCUUUGAGGAAAGACUGGCUUGAAGCCAUGCAUGCCCUCUCAAGGUUAUUUCGAUAUCUCAUGAGUGGGAAUGCAAAGGUCGGUGCUGUCCGAACACAUAUGAAUUCCAAUACAGAAUAG